CAAUUCCACGGCCGUGAUAUUACUGUCGCUGAGAUGGUCGACCAGAUGAAAUACAUGGGCUUUCAAGGAACUGCGGUUGCGGAUGCUGUCCGGAUUAUCAACGACAUGGUAUCAUUCUUUUUUUUUUUGUUUUUUUUUUUCUAUCCUUGACAUUGUUGGCUGGCCUGACUGGAUCUAUGUUCUCGUGGCUUAGCGUGCCUAUCGUCACCCUGAAACAGGCGACAAAACGACCAUCUUCCUCGGUUACACCUCCAACCUGAUUUCCUCCGGUCUCCGGGACACCCUCCGCUACCUCGUGCGUCAUCGCCAUGUCUCCGCCAUUGUCACCACGGCCGGCGGGGUCGAGGAGGAUCUUAUCAAAUGUCUGGCCCCUACCUACAUGGGUUCCUUCACCGCGUCCGGAGCCGGCCUCCGAGCCAAGGGACUCAACCGCAUCGGGAAUCUCAUGGUCCCCAACAGCAACUACUGCGCGUUUGAGGACUGGUUGAUCCCCAUCCUGGAUAAAAUGCUAGAGGAGCAAGAAGCCGCGAAGAAAAAGGCGCAGGAGACUGGGGACGAGGAGGAUGAACUACACUGGACUCCGAGCCGGAUCAUCGAACGGCUCGGGCACGAGAUCAACCACGAAGACUCGGUUCUCUACUGGGCCGCCAAAAAUAACAUCCCCAUCUUCUGUCCCGCCCUCACCGACGGCUCCCUCGGCGACAUGCUCUAUUUCCACACCUACCGGUCGUCCCCGCAACGACUCCGCGUCGAUAUCGUUGACGAUGUGCGCCGCAUCAACACCAUGGCGGUCCGCGCGGCCCACGCGGGGAUGAUCAUUCUGGGCGGCGGCGUGAUCAAGCACCACAUUGCGAAUGCUUGUCUGAUGCGGAACGGCGCGGAACACGCGGUCUACAUUAACACGGCACAGGAAUUCGACGGCAGCGAUGCUGGGGCGCGUCCGGAUGAAGCUGUUAGCUGGGGGAAGAUCAAGGCGGAUGCUCAGUCGGUCAAGGUGUAUGCGGAAGCCACGGUGGUGUUCCCCAUGAUUGUGGCGGCAACCUUUGCACGAGCUACAACCGAUAGUGACGGAGAAACUCGCAAAUUACUCGUAGCCAGAAAACCCAGGGAAUAGAUCGACCUCGAAAAAAGGAAAGAGAAAGGACAGCGGUGGUGAUACCCCGCUUGACACCUCACCUGCCGCUCAAGCGUGUCAACACCUGCCACGCAAGAGAGAGAGAGAGAGA